GGAAAGAGCCUGUUUUCCCUGUGGUUGUUCCAAUAAUGUGCGUGUGAUCUGAAAAACAAGCCUUAACCCAGCUUAAAAGUCAAUGAAAUGACGACGGGCAAGCAUGUCAUAAAGCCAUGAAAACAAGGAAAGUCUGCUCGAAGUGAGCGGAGAAGUUUCCAACCCCGAAGACGAAUCUUUCAAACGACAUCGUUUCUUCGUGCGAGCGGAGGGCAGGCAGGGUCGUCUGCUACCUUACCUUACAGCAGGGAUGUGUUUCACAUAGACUAGUGGUCCUGUGGAGGUCGUGGUCGAUCUUCAAUCACCAAGGGACGUUGCGAAGAAGCAGAAAAUCCAUGGAGUGACAGAAAAGGGAGUAAGCAAGAUGCAAAUCGACCGUUUGGGAGUUCUGCCUCGGAAAAAACUUGGCCUACCUACAGGAGCUUAAUUAAAGAUCUGCUGAAGACAAAAUGCCUGCAGACGACGGUCAAGGGGUUGGGCACGGGACGCUCUGUGGAGCCGAGGCCCAGUACUGCGGCAAGACUCCUCCAAGGCCGUCAGUGUACCGCACCAUAGGAACCCCUCAGCCCUGCUUUUCCUCCUCGGCACCCUCCAUGUCCGCAGACAUGAUGGGCCUGGCAGGGUCCCUCAGGCCAAACGAGUCGUUGUCCUCACCAGAGUCGAGAACCCUCGUCUUCUUUGACCCCGUUGCAUCUGUGGCUGGUACACCACCGAGCAAUCUGUCAUCAAACAGACCCAAUUUUGUUCCACAAGAUCACGCUUACAGAAUUCCACCGAAUUCGUCGCAGGUCUCGAGGAGUUCGGUCAUUCUGCAGCACAACUACACACCCGAACACGGGAUUUCAGCUGCCGAGAGGAGCUAUAGCUUUUCUCCCAUGGUCAUGAGAGGUAACAGCCCAGACUCAUCCCCAGCUGUCACUUUUGCUCGGCACCCAUCUCCAAUAACUUCCGUAGGGAGGUUACGCAGCUCACCUACACUCUCAGUUGCUUCUUCCAUUUCCACUUCGGUUUCCCCUUCCGUACCGACUACGUCUAUAGUCCCUUCGAUCUACACCUCUCUGCCAUCAUCCUCGCUCUCUUCCUCGUUGUCUUUCUCUUUCCCGUCUGUCACACGGACACCAUAUGUGCACCACAGUCAUUCCCCAAGCACUACUAGGAUAGUGAGAUCCACAUCAGCUGCUUCGUCCACAUUACAUCCGUCACCCACGUCAAGAAGUGCUUCACUUGCCCUGAGGAUAUCAGAAGCUUCCAGCAAUCUAGAGCAUUUGGCAAACUCCAAUACUGGCACACCAGGCAGCAGCUUAAGUGAGAGAGAAGCCCGGGUUCACAACUUGGCAUUAACAUACUUGACUUCCCAUGACUCCGUCCCGCCUUGCCUUCACUCGCCUCCUCCAUCAUAUGACCAGUUGUGCAAUCCAAAUGCUCUCCCUACUUACCAAGAAGCAACGCAGAGCAGUCGACAAAAAGGGGAGCCAAGGACAGUGUUCACUCUUCCAUCAAACGCUGAGCCUCCUGGUACAACAGACCCCGUCCUUCAGACGUACGUAGUCCAGGAAUCAGAGAGAGGACUGAGAGGUGGUGUUCUGGCAUCCAUAGCGGCAGAACUCAGCGACUCCGAAGGCGGUUACUCAACAAUAUUAGAUGCCAUCCCUCAUGAGCAUGCAAGAGAACCCUGUCCAGCAGUUCCCGUCAGGUUUCUUCGUACCUGUUCUCUGAAACGGUUACGGCCUCCCAAGGUGCAGCCCCCAUGUUUGACAUCGGUUUGCAACAAAGCCCUAGUUAGGAAGGAACUCAACAGAAGGUGGCCAUUCAUCGCUGGAGCUCAAGAAGACGACCACUGUCCGGGCUUGAUACUCGUGGAAUGCUCCUCGCAUCUCACAGUCGCUCACCUUCCAGAGCUCCCGAGACCCAUGGAUGGGGCAUCAGCACCAGCAGGACCCGGAGGAAACACGUCCUUCAAUGUGAAUGUGGGAGGCGGAAACGGCGCGGACACAUUCACUGACAUCGCCAUGGGAGCCUCAGCCGGCAGCACAAGCGUCACCACGACCAUAGACUUAGACGCAGCUGCCCUCACUUCGCAAGUGCUCUUCUACCUGUGUGGGAAGUGCGUGGGAUACGAUUCCUUUGACAAAGACAACGUUCGAUCUCACAUCGAAUACGACUGCCCGUACUCCUACAACCAAUGGGGCAACAUCUCCGAGCGGUACCUUCUCCUGAGGGCCUUCUUCUUCGUUAUCAUCGUUAUGAUUGUGUUCGUGUGGCUUCCUUACCUUGGCAUUUAAUGUAUUUGUGCAUAGUCAUCUAUCAUCAAAGUCAAAACAGAGACACAGUAAACCUUAACACGAGUAGCAGGAACUAGAGUAGCACAUAUAGAAUUCCUUCGCAGGUAGACUUUUCGAAAAGAUAUACUCAGAUACCUUCAAACUCAUAAACCACUGUAACUAUGCCAUACACAGAGAAACCAUUAGAGAUCAUUAGUGUGAUUACGCUUAAAUGAGAAGUUCGUGCUUUCACUGCAGAUGACUUUUGGUGAUACAAAAGAAGAAGUCGAUCUUUCGGUAGUCUAGUCACAUCUCUGUAGUAGCAUUUCAAAUUUAAUAGCACUUCUACACACGGUGAUGCUUGCUAAGCGAGUUUCCAUACCUUUGAGGAGUAGGAGUCAUUGCUUAGUGGAGUUCUGCUGAGGGUAUCGGGAUUACUGAGCGUGUAUAUAUAUAUAUAUAUAUUAUUAUAUA